AAGAAAGUACAUACUGACGUGUAUCAACUACGAGGCGCCAGGUGUGAAAUCCAAUUUCUGAUGAAAACUAUAACCUACAAAAUCACACCUUUUAUUUAAAAUAAAGAAAAUUGUUAUACUAAAGCAGUGAUCACAACAAUAUGGGUGGGAACAUAAUGUUGGAAUGUUUAUAAAGGAGGAAAAGAAUCAAUAUACGAGAUGCAGAGACUGUUGAUUGGUGUAAGACUUGUGACGUGUGUCAGCUUGAUUCUUUUUUCUAUAAGCUGUUAUAACAUGAUGGUAAAAAGUGAGGAAGCUGUAAGGGUAGAAAGUGGAUCCACACCUAUGGAUGGUACAAAAACAGACAAAAAGUCAGGAUCAUCCACCAAUGACCGAGCAAAUGCCCUUACAGUUGUUCCUGAUAAUGAAGAUGAUGAUGCUACAAUUACAACAGAGGAUGAAAGUGUGCAGGAUUUCGGCAACCUUGAUGUUUUCUACCCAACUAAAGAAUGGCAAGAAGUCCAACCAGGUCAAGCCAUUCCUAAGGGUUUGCAUGUGAGACUGAAUAUGCAGACUGGUCAGAGAGAGGCCAAGCUGAUGGAUGGAGACAGUGGACUAAAGUACUGGUCAAAGGAUGGAAAACAAGGGGUUGUAAAUACAGAAAAAGAAUUCUUUACACCAGAUGAUUUGAAGAGAGCUCUCAAAGAAUUCAAAGUCAACAAAAUAGAUGAUGAAGACUUGCAGAGUAUGGAAGAAACGAAGAAGAAGUACAAGAGUUAUGAAGAACUAAAAAAAGAUCUAGAGGGAUUACAGAUGACUAUAAAAACAGACCGCGAGACAAUCAUAGAACUUACAGCCAUGCUGAACACGAGUUCUAUAGACACAACAGAACGGGUGGAUCUUAUGGAAACACUGCUGGACUACCUGCAUCAGAUUGAUAACGCCAUUUUAUUCUGUGACAUCGGUGGAAUGAACAUUGUCAUCAAGAGUUUAAAUGACUCUGAUGCAGAUGUUAGGUCCAUAUCGUCGUCACUGUUGGCAACAUCUCUCCAGAAUAACCCUAAAGUGAAAAUAUUUUGCAUUGAGGCAGGAGUACUCCACCACUUUGUGCGCGCGCUAUCAACGGAAUUGGAAGUCACUGUGAAGAGAAAGCUUUUAUUUGCUCUCUCGGCGAUGAUUCGUAAUUUCCCUUACGCUCAGACGAAAUUCUGGGAACUUGGUGGGUUCAGCGUUCUUGCAAAAUUGUGCGUAGAGUCUGGAUCUACAGAGGACUUGGCGAAACUUACUGAGAGAGCGCUAUUAUUGGUUGUAGAUCUGAUGGAGGAACAUGAGUCUGUAACCAAGGACAACAAACACCUUUCAACACAGGAUAUGCUCGAACAGUAUGAAAAAAUUCCUCUUCAUGAUCACCUCAUACAAAGUGGAUUUUGCGAAAUAAUUGGCGAUCAUUUGGAGAACAUUCCACACCGAGAGUUUGAGAGUAUUAUAGAAAUCCUGCUAAAAGCGGCAUUGAAAUUAAAGGACUCGUGUACGCAACAGUUCAAAGGUCAUGCCGCGAAAUUUAAAUCUCUCCGUGAUCGUUUAAUACAGCUUUACCACCAAGACACAGAAUUAGAAUUCUAUAAAGACUUAUCUGAAAUUGCAAAUAAUUUGUUUCAUUCCAUGAUAAACAAGGACGAACUUUGAGGGAAACGAAACUAGUUUUAUUGACAAGUUUUUGCCAAUUUUUCGGAUUCAUGCAGAAUCCGUACUUUUUUAUAUCGAGAGGAUGAACGACUCGAGGGAUGGCUCUGGAUGAUGCACGUGUAUGUCUUGUUCAUACUUGUUUAUACUUUAGAAUGCCCAGACAUGUCUAUGUAUGUAUUGCUAAUAUCGGAAUUGAUAGGGAACGAUUGUGUAUAGAUUGUGACCGGAUGUUAAUAGAUUGUGACUGGAUGUGUAUAGAUUGUGACGUGGAGAAUGUAUGGAUGUGUACGCUUCUUGGUGCAUUUAUAGAAAUAAAAGAAACCGAAUAUCAGACUAAA